AUGGGCUAUCGGGAGCAGCAGCGUGCCCUGGCUUUCCUGCUGACGGGCAUCCCUGGGGUGGCUUGCUUCCACCGCUGGGUUUUCUUCCCUUGCUGUCUGAUGUAUCUCAUCACAGUGCUGGGGAAUGGCACCAUCCUGCUCGUUGUGAGAGUGAAUCCAAGGCUCCACCAGCCCACGCACUACUUCCUUUUGAUGCUGGCCACCACAGACCUGGGCCUGACCCGGUCCUCCUUGCCCGUGGUGCUGCAUGUCUUUUGAUUCCGCACCAGAGAGAUCAGCUUCCCGGCCUGCUUCGCCCAGAUGUUCUGCACCCAUGCCUUCUCCUUCAUAGAGCCCUGGGUGCUCUGGCCGCGGCCUUUGAUCGCUGCAUGGCCAUCUGCUGCAUCUACAUGCUGCCGGCUGGGAUACUCCUCCAUCCUCAUUAGUGCCGGGGUUGCAAAGAUUGCACUGGGGAUGUUCUGCUGCUCUCUGAUGCUGCUCCUGCUCUGCAGGUCCCACUGCACCAAGACACUGUGUCUGGUGUGCACAGAUUCCACCCUGAACAGCCUGUGCAGCCUAACCCUGGUGCUGUUCAUGACCCUAGACUCAGUGCUCAUCACCUUAUCCUACACCAUGAUCAUUAAGGUGGUAGUAGGCAUCACCUCCAGAGAGUAGCAGACCAAAGCCCUUGACACUUGCAUCUCUCACUUCUGCGCUGUCCUCAUCUUCUGCGUCCCCAGGGUUGGCCCGUCCACGAUACACCGGUACAGGAAGAAUGCUGCACCCUUCAGCCACGUGCUCAUGGCCAAUGCCUACCUUCUUGUCCCACCUGUGUUGAACUCCAUCAUCUACAGCAUGAAAAACAAGCCCAUUCGCAAAGGCCUCCUCAGGUUCCUGUGUCAAAGACUGGCCUGUCCUGGCCAUGGCCAGCAGCCCAGGAGGCACUGA